GUUAUUCCACGCCUGUCCCUGAAAACUCCACUACCCAUCAUCCACCACCGUGGAGUGACGUCACGUCAUAGUUUUCAUCAGGAAGCGGAACCAUAAAAGUUGUUCCCUCGCCUUUGUUGUGUUAAACCCUCUGUUUUCUCGACUGAGCUCGAUUUUUAAGGAAACAUUAUGAACCUUGAACGGAUUCCAAAUGAGGAGAAGCUUAGCCUCUGUAGAAGAUACUACUUGGGUGGCUUCGCUUUUCUCCCCUUCCUCUGGUUGGUGAAUGUUCUGUGGUUUUUCAGAGAAGCGUUUUUAAAACCGACGUACACCGAGCAACCCCAAAUAAAAUCAUAUGUAAAGAAGUCAGCUGUGGGGCUCACAGUGUGGGUGGCCGUGCUGACGACGUGGAUCACAAUAUUCCAGCAUUUCAGAGCCCAGUGGGGUGAGGUGGGAGAUUACCUCUCCUUCACCAUUCCCCUCGGCACAGCCUGAUCACAUCUGCUGCAUUACAAUACCUCUGUUUUUCAUGCUCGCCAUUGUUCUCUUGCCAUCAACAAGAUGCUUCUUGGUUAAUUUUACCACUGUCGUCGCAUAGAAGAUAAACUGGAUCUGUCUGGGAGUUGUGGUAUUUUGUGAACUGAUGAAAUUAUUUGAUGAUUGAGUGAGAUAAUAUGGACACAGAUGCACCAUGCUAAAGAGCAAGAGUUCAUUUCCAGCACUACUGCUACUUUUAAUUUCCUGUUCCUUCUUUCUUUAGUUUUAGUUGAGAUGUUUGUGUUAUAUUUGAAAUCACACAUUUAUAUUGUUAACUCUGACCUCUGUCAGUGCAUUGUAAAGAAUGUAUCGGACCAGGCAGGUCCAUCCAAAAUAAAGUCUUUGAAUUGUGUUUUUGCUGUUGAUAUGACCUGUAAUGUUAUUGUUCUCAAAGAAAAAGGCCAUUCGUUUUUUUUUCUGCUAUAUAUUAAUCAUUUGGAUGGACAGUGAACACCACUUAAUUUUUCCAAAAAUUUAAAAUUGUGUUUUGCAUGAUUUGAAAUAAAAUCUGAAAAUGUCCCGUCA